AUGUCGACGUUCGUGCGCCCGGAGGCGAGGAGCGUGACGCCGGUGGAGAAACCGUGCGCGAAGAAUGUCGACGACUUUGAACGGGCGAUGGAGACGCGCGCGAGGUCGGGAAUCGACGCGAGCGGGCGAGUGCGACGGUGCGCGUCGCCGUUGGACGCGUACGUCGUGGGAAACGUGUGCGAGGCGGAGGAGUGCGUGCGGUUGACGCGCGCGGCGACGGCUGCGGGAUACACGUUUUGGCACGGCGACGCGGCGAACGCGGCGUUCAGAAACGCGGAUACGGUGGAGGUUCGAUCGACGGCGAUCGCGAGUGAGUUGUGGGAGCGGUUGAGGCCGCACGUGACGAGCGAGAUCGAGAUCACGUGCGAUGAGACGCACGGGGCUGGCGCGCGCGGGAAGUGGGUGGCGACGGGCGUGAACGAGCACCUGUUGUUUAAUCGAUACGCCUCUCGAGGGCACUUCUCCCCGCACACGGACGGGGCGACGGUGGUGGAUUUUAACACGCGAUCGUUCUACAGUGUUUUGAUUUAUUUGAAUGAUUGCGACGAGGGCGGUGAAACGGUGAUGUUCGCGCCUCCCAAAGGCGCCGAGCGAUGCCAAUUCAUACGCGACGACGCCGAGCGGUUUCGAUGGCCGAGAGAGUGGAUCGUCGACGCCGCGCCGUGUGAACAGGGGAGUGCGCUCGUGUUUCGUCAGGACAUACCGCACGAGGGCGCGCCCGUGGGCGAGGGAUCGAUCAAACUUCUCAUUCGCACGGACGUCAUGUACUCUCGGCAGCCGCCCGCGUUCGCCGACGCCGUCGGCCUCGAAGCGUACGCGCUGCAUCAGCGCGCCAUGGAGGCCGAAUCCAACGGCGAUGCGAUGGAAGCGAUGCGCUUGUUUAGAUUCUGUCGUCGUCUCUGCCCGGAUUACGCCGAUUUCGUCGGUAUUUAG